AUGAAGUUUGGCAAGUAUUUGGAAGCUAGACAGCUGGAGUUAGCAGAAUAUAAUAGCCAUUUUAUCGAUUACAAGGCUUUAAAGAAACUAAUCAAACAAUUGGCUAUUCCCACCUUAAAGACAAGCUCUGAUUUAGAUCUGCAUUUGACAUUAGAUGACAUUGACGAAAAGAUCAUACAUCAGAGAUUGCAAGAAAACAAAGCUGCCUUUUUUUUUAAACUAGAGAGGGAACUAGAAAAAGUCAACGGAUAUUAUUUGGCAAGAGAGUCCGAUUUAAGGAUAAAAUUCAAUAUUUUACAUUCUAAAUACAAAGAUUAUAAAUUAAACGGCAAAUUAAACUCCAACCAAGCUACCUCAUUCAAAAACUUGUAUGCGGCUUUCAAAAAGUUCCAAAAAGAUCUUAGAAAUUUGGAGCAGUAUGUUGAGUUGAAUAAAACUGGGUUCUCAAAAGCUUUGAAAAAGUGGGAUAAACGGUCUCAAUCUCACGAUAAAGAUUUCUAUCUGGCUACAGUUGUUUCUAUUCAACCAAUAUUCACAAGAGAUGGACCACUAAAAUUAAACGAUGAAACCUUGCACAUUCUCCUAGAGUUGAAUGAUAUCGACAACAACAGCAGGAGAGCAGAUUUACAAUCCAACACGUUUUCUAAUGACGAUGAAGGCGAUGAUAAUAAUGAUAACAAUAAACUCAAGAAUUAUGAAUUAGCCACGUCAAAAACUUCUGUAAACCAACUAGAGCAUCUUUUUCCUGCAUCUUCCUCUUCCCUAGAUAUGGAGAUGGAAAUUGAAAACUGGUAUAAGGAAAUUUUGAAUAUAGCGACUGUGAAAGACAUUCAGAGAAAGCAUGCAUUAUUGAGGAAUUUUAGAGAGGCCAAGAUCUUUGCAUAUCUACUACAGAAUUCCUCAGAAUCUUUUCACAAGAAUGUUUUUUCUCUGUUGAAAGAAUGUCUUACUACGUUGUUCUUGUUACUGGUGGCUAGCCCUCUAGAUGAUAACUCCCUGCAUAUCUUCUACAAAAGCAAUCAAGACCAUAUUGAUCUGUCGUAUUGUGACGAAGAUGACCAAGUAUUUUCACGAAAAAAUGUAUUUCAUGAAGCUGCAAGUUGUCCAAAUAAAUCUCGGUUGUUUAUUCUCGAUGAAGCCCUAACAACCUCAAAAUUAUCCAAGGAGACAGUCCAGAAAUUACUGAAUGCUCGGGAUAUACAUGCGCGGAUACCUCUUCAUUAUGCAGCAGAGCUAGGGAAACUGGAGUUUGUUCAUUCCUUACUGAUUACGAAUCUUUUAGAAGACAUUGAUCCCAUUGAUAGUGAUUCAAAGACACCCUUGGUCUUAGCUAUAACAAAUAACCACAUAGAUGUUGUUCGGGACUUAUUAACUAUUGGAGGCGCAAAUGCAUCUCCAAUUGAAAAGCCAAUUUUGGACUACAGUAAGAAUACAAUCAGUUCCACGAAAGUUCAAUUUGAUCCUUUGAAUGUCGCUUGUAAAUUCAAUAACCACGACGCUGCCAAGUUACUCCUAGAGAUCCGAAGUAAGCAAAACGCUGAUCGUAGCAAAAAUGAAGGCUCGCAACAUUUAUGUCAACCGCUUUUCAAGAAGAACUCAACAGGUUUAUGUACUCUCCAUAUAGUGGCCAAAAUCGGUGGCGAUCCACAACUAAUUCAACUAUUAAUACAUUAUGGAGCGGAUCCUAAUGAAAUCGAUGGGUUCAAUAAGUGGACUCCCAUAUUUUAUGCCGUUCGAUCGGGUCAUUCAGAAGUUAUCAGUGAAUUAUUGAAAAAUAGUGCACGCCUGGAUAUUGAAGACGGGAAUGGACAUUCUCCACUUUUUUAUGCCUUAUGGGAGAGUCAUGUUGGUGUUUUGAAUGCACUUUUACAAGCACCAAUAAACUUAGCAUUCGCAUCUGUGAACGAAUUAAAUCUUCAAGUAAGUAAACUAUGUCCCAGCACAAUAGGCUUGACCCCACACGAUGAAAAAUCUGAUUUAGAUAUUCAAGACAGCAUCCCUGACUUUGCCUUACCUCCUCCUAUCAUUCCACUCAGAAAAUAUGGUCACAACUUUUUGGAAAAGAAAAUUUUUAUAAAAUUAAAAUUAAAAUCGGGCCUUGAGUCCAUUAAACUAACUCAAGACAAUGGUAUCAUCAUGUCGUCUUCACCAGGGAGAAUCACGUUGUCUUCCAAUUUACCUGAAAUAUUACCGCGUAAUGUUAUUUUACCUGUUAGAUCCGGUGAAAUCAAUAACUUCUGUAAAGAUAUUAGUGAAACAAAUGAUGAAGAAGAUGACGAAGAAAUCAGUGAAGAUCAUGACGAUGGUGAAAUAAUUUUCCAAGUAGAUUCCGUGGACGAUUUUUCAAUGGAUUUCGAAAUAUUUCCCUCAUUUGGCACAAGAAUAAUUGCCAAAACAACAGCAAUGCCCUUUCUUUUCAAGAGAGCCACAAUAAACAGUAUUGCGACUAUAAAUUUACCUCUAUUCGACACAAGGUUAAACAACAUUGGAUGUCUCACUUUAGACUACCAGAUUAUUUUUCCCUAUCCAGGAAACCCAUUAAAAAUUAUAAAAUAUGAACCAUACUGGAAAUCUACAGGAAGUGAUUUAUUAACAUCUAGUAAGGAUGGCAAUCUCGUUACUUCGUCAUCUUUAAAUGGCAGUUUCAUCAGUAUAUUGGUUUGCACCCUGAAUGAUGAAACUAUAGUGGCAGCGCCAAAACCGUAUAUUGAAUUCAAAGGCACAAAGAUUUUGUUGAAUGAUUUGACGAAGGGACAACUAGAAAAAUUAGUAGAUUAUGAUUUCGGUAAAAUUGAUGGAAGUUUUGACGAAGUAUCAUUGAAGCAAUAUUUAUCUUCUAGAGUUGUUCCUCUGAGGAGCCUGUUAGAAGUCAUCCCAGGAUCAGUACAGUUAGUAAUUUGCGUCUGUUUCCCAACAGAUAAAGAAAUUGAUACAAUUCCUAUAAAAAUAUCACCGUUCAUAAAUAUAAACCAAUUCAUUGAUAAGUUGUUACUUAUUAUUUUUGAGCAUGAGAGGUUUUUGCGUCACAGCGGAAAUGAGGGUAUGCGUCAAAUAGUUUUCAGUUCAUGCAAUUGGGAGGCUUGCUCUAUUCUGAACUGGAAACAACCUAAUUUCCCGGUUUUGUUGCAAAUGAAAAGUCUCUUUAGAGAUUUGACUACCGGCAAGUUUAUGAGUGAUACUCCUAACUGCCUGAAUGAAUUGGCCGUGAGCCCUCAAAAAAUGUCGUAUUUGAACACCGAGCCUAUAAACAUACAUACAAUGGUUCAAUUUGCCAUGAACAAUAACUUGUUAGGUGUGACCCUUCCAUAUGAAAUACUAAAAAUUUGCCCGUCAUUGGCAAGGAUUAUCAAACAAAAUGGGCUAUUGCUGAUUGCGUCGGUUAACGAAAAUGAACAACUGCCCGGUAACGUGAGCUAUAGUGGGAUUUACUGCACCUCUGAAUUACUUUUUGAGGGCAGUAUUGAUAUGUGA